UCCGCCUGCCUCUGCCUCCCGAGUGCUGGGAUUAAAGGCGUGUGCCAAUGCCUCCCAGCCCAAAUGUAUUUCUACUGCUAAAAUUAGUGUAUAUGAGAGUUGGGGGGUUUCCCAAAGCACCAUAUAAUCUUUGAUCAGAGCACAGUCCAAGCAGAGACUGCCUGUUUGCCUGAGAGGCAUGGACUAACCCUUUUAAGGUUGAGGAUGGAGCUUUUUGUUUCAAAGACCUAGUAACUCCUUUGUGACAGUCCUUUCAUCCUUAACUGCAAACUCCGCAUCCCCUGCCCUCCAGUUUUGCUGCCGUUUAUUUACCUUGCUGCAUCUAGAACUGUUUCUAUAUAGAGUAAGAGGCUAAAGAGGAAGAAAUCAAGUUACCCAGCCUCAGUUUUGUCUCUUCCUAGCUGUGUGACCCAUUACCUCUUUUGGGUCUCAGUUUCUUCAUCUAUGAAGCAUGCAGUCUACCUCACCAGGCUGUGAAGAUUCCAUGAAUAUACCUACCUUCAUGAAGUACCUGGUUAGGAGAAUGGCUCAGUAAGCCUCAGUUCUCCUCAAUACUGGAGUCCUGUUGGUUGUAUCAUUCAGAAAGCAUCAUGGCAGCUCACGGAUCAGCCCCUAAGAUUACAGAAAUGAACUAGACACUCCUGGAGUAGACUGUUGUCCCAUAAAGGCAAUGGAUCAGUAAUAACAGAUGCUGGCAUUGGAGAAGGGCUGUCGCCUGGAACAAAUCUGAAAGCUCAGCAGGUGAUUGGCUCACAGAAGGGAGGAGAUCCUCUAGGCUGGGUGAAGGAGAGAGAAAAGGACAGAGCCAUUCCCAGCCUCUCCUCAGCAAUGGCUCUGCCUCUUAAGGUCCUGAGUCGGGGCUUGGCCAGUGCAGCCAAAGGAGACCAUGGAGGGGCAGGAGCCAACACCUGGCGCCUCCUGACCUUCGUGCUAGCACUGCCCAGUGUGGCCCUCUGCUCCCUCAACUGCUGGAUGCAUGCUGGCCACCACCAGCGCCAAGAGUUCAUCCCUUACCACCACCUCCGCAUCCGCACCAAGCCCUUCUCCUGGGGGGAUGGCAACCACACACUUUUCCACAAUCCCCAUGUCAAUCCUUUGCCCACCGGCUAUGAGCGCCCUUGAAGUCCCAGCCGACACACUCAUUCACCAAAUUGACCUUCUGUGUCCCAGCUGAGAGCCCCUGAAGUUCCAGUGGACAGUCCUAAGUGCAAUAAAGGUGUGGAACUUC